AGACUGAUCCGGCGGAGUGUGUGUGUGAGUGUGAGAGUGUGUAUGUGUGUGUUAUCACACACAUUUUAACUUCCACUAAGAAAUUAAGGACAGCCAUUGGAGCCGGGAGAAGGUGUUCCUUCACCCUCCAUCGCCGGUCGGAAUCCGCCCUCCAGCAUCGAGCCGGUUAGUCGCGAGGUGAAUUAGCCAGCAGGAGCUAACUUCUCGGCGCAUUCCCGCUGCCUCAGCGCUGUAUGUGCGGCAACAACAUGUCAGCGCCCCUACCUGCCAUUGUGCCUGCUGCCCGGAAAGCCACCGCAGCGGUCAUAUUUCUGCACGGCCUUGGUGACACAGGGCAUGGCUGGGCAGAAGCUUUUGCAGGCAUCAGGAUACCAUAUGUGAAAUAUAUCUGCCCUCAUGCUCCCACGAUGCCCGUCUCCCUGAACAUGAGGAUGUCCAUGCCUUCUUGGUUUGAUAUCUACGGGCUGAGCCCAGAUGCAAAUGAGGAUGAGAGCGGUAUAAAGAGAGCUUCAGAGAACAUUAAAGCCUUGAUAGACCAAGAAGUGAAGAAUGGGAUCCCUUCACACAGAAUUAUUCUGGGUGGUUUUUCACAGGGUGGAGCGUUGUCUCUCUACACGGCUUUGACAACUCAACAGAAGCUUGCUGGAGUCGUGGCUCUGAGCUGCUGGCUUCCUCUCCGUAACUCCUUCCCUCAGGCCUCUGCCAACAGUGUGAACAAGGACAUGCAUCUCCUGCAGUGCCAUGGCGACGCAGACCCUCUGGUCCCCUUUAUAUUUGGCAGCCAGACGGCCGAGAAGAUGAAAACCCUCAUCAGUCCUGCCAACGUCACCUUUAAGUCCUACCGGGGUCUACCUCACAGCGCCUGUCCCGAGGAAAUGGUGGACAUCAAGCGAUUCAUAGAGAAGCAACUUCCGCCCAUCAGCGACGAAUGAAGCGGAGAGCUGCCGCCCGGCCGCCCGGCACCGUCAGUCCUCCGAGGUUUGACUCGCAGCGAGACUCCGUGGACUCGACUCGAGGACCACCGACCUACUUGACAAUAACACUACGCUGCUACUCAUAGAUUUGGAUAAGACCUGGGAGUCGCUGCGUGCCAGCGCCCCCCCCAGGGGAGAGACGAUGCUGCAUCCUGAGCUGGAGCCACACAACCCAGUGUUACAGUAGAGCCACAUUAGAUGCUUGAUUGUAAAGCUGAAUUCUGUUGCGACAAGCCAUUUCUUGCUGGAAUAGUAUGUAUUAUGAAUAAUUAGGGCUACACAUCAUGAUUUAAUACCUACUGUCUCACAAUAAAUGGCCUGUUGUUCAAUGUUUUUUUUUUCAUUAAUACAGCUUUUGUGUUCUAGCGAUGAAACAAGGGAAUUAGUUUAUAAAUGACUGAAAGGUUUUAUCAAGCACCAUUGCCAAAUAUCUGUUGCUUCAAGCUUUUUGGAAUUUAAUGUUUGCUACUAUUUCAGUUUGUUUCUGUAAACAUAUUAAUAGGAUACUGAAUUUGUUGCAUAGUAAGCAAGCAGCCACAACUCAUGAUACUUUUAUUGUCAUUUUAACAACUCAAACAAGAAGCCAUAAAAGGGUUUUUCUUUAUUUUAGCUGGCCUAAAUGUGCACAAAAUGACUUCUUUUUAACCUGCUUAUGCGAGUUAUGUAUCAACCCUACCUAGUGAAGAAUUUUAUCAUAAAGAGCCAAAUAUUCUGUGACUGUUCACGACACAAGACUGCAAAAAAACAACAACAUAUGAUUGUGCUUUAUUUAAUCUGUGAGAAUUCAAACAGCUAUUUCACACAAAGUCCUCUUUAAAUACACAAAUAUAUAUAUCAGUGGUCAUGGUCAUGUCUUCAGUUAACUGUUCCCUGUUUUGCUUAAAUUAAAUAUAUGACUAAUAUCACAGUAUUGGAACACA